AUGGGGAAGAAGUCUGGAGGCGGCAAAAAGGGGAAACCUGUACAGACGGUGAAGAGCUUAAAGGCGAAGGCGGCAAAAGGCCGUGGCCAGGCAAAGGCCAAGGUCGGGAGUGUCCGCCAGCAGGCUCGGCAUGAAGCCAAGGCGUCCACACGAGCCUCGCGAGGACGCCGUGCCCAUGGCAAGGAAGAGGCAAUCAACGAGACACGGCAGCGCUUGCGCGCUAAGCUGCUGCAGAGGCAACUGACCCGAGGUCCAGCUGCAAAGCCUGGGGAAGAGCGGCGCGGAAUCUUGGUGGAGUUGGCAGGCUUUCAGACCGAAGCCGGGCAGCAGCGGUCGGCUAUUAGGUUGCUCCAAGAAGCUCUGGACAUGUCUCCAGAAGAUGCCGAUUUUCAGGUUCGCACACCGUUGCUAGCUUUGUACAUGGAUCGUGCGAUGACGGAAGAAGCAUCAUCGAUGCUGAAGGGUCCCCUCUUUGAAACAGGAGCAGAUGCUGAAGCUGCCAGCAAUGCAAAAAGAGAGGCUGCAACGGUCGGGCUCUACUCCUUGGCUCUUCUAAGCUACAUCAAAAUCCAUGUUCUGCAAGACUGCAAGAAGAAAGAUCGCGAGGGCAAACAGGCAGAGGUGUUGCAACGACUUCAAGCAGCUCAUCGCCACAACCCUUUCGUCGCCGAGUACAUAGCCUUUGCACCGGCCUUUGAGCAAGAUUUCCCACUGGGCUGCGAGCUGCCCCCAGCAGCAUCGGAUGGAAUCGUGGAAAGACAGGUCUUGGAAGCGCUAAGAUAUUGCUGUCAGCUGGGCGGCCGUGGCCAGAUACCGGUUUGGCAGGAUUCCGGCCCCUUUGUUCGCAAAUUUGUGCGUGAAGCUCUCUUUGAGGGCGAGGCUGGCCCGGAUGCCACGACAGACGUGAAGAGUGACCAGACGGAGGACGAGCCUCCUCCUCUUCCACUGCUUCCUCCCGCAUCGUCCCAGGAGCCUCCUGUUCUGACUCGUUGGAGACGCGCACGUGGGGCAGCGAUGCAGCUCUGGGCAUCCGACAUCGCUACUGAGGCUGGGCUUGGAGAAGGUCAGGAGGAGUGUGAAGAGGAGGAAGUCAGCUUUACAGAUGACGAUGCAGUGGAUGAUGACGUCUGCUGA